AUGGCUGCCCCAGGCAUUACCGUUACUGCAGAAAAGGGUUGGGGUCCCGGAUUUUGCGCCGAUACCAAGGGACUCGCCCAAUGCACAAACUUGGCUAGCAGUGGUAAAACGACCGUUACUUGGCAAGCUCAAACCCAGUACAAAGACAUGAUCACUAGGUGCAAGACAGCGAACACCUACGCUCUCAUCCAGUUUGCUGCAAACUUGACGUCCUUGACCAACAAAAUCAAGUCCGCUGGAUGCUCUCCAGUCUUGAUGACUUCUCUCGCUCGAAGAACUUUCUCAAGCGAGCAAGCAACUUCUGAUACCCUUGGCCCCUACUCAGCAGAAACCAUUAAAGUUGCUUCAAACCUAGGAUUGUCGCUCCUUCCUCUUUUGGCUGAUUCGCGUGCAUACUUGAAUAAGCUUGGAAAAACCAAUGCGAUGCAAUUCAACUACGCUUCUGAUGAUACAACUCAUUUGAACUCACUUGGUGCCAAGUACUUUGGACGCAUCGUGGCAGACGAAGUCAAGUCCAAGGUAUCUGCUCUGUCCUCUUAUAUUAUCAGUGAUGCCUCGCUCUCUGCAAAAAUCGCGGCUGGGACCUUGUAA